UUGAGACGUUCAUCUGGCUCUUCUGUUUCACUACUCCAUCUUCACAUCAGUUUAGACCCAGCUUAUUUUACACUGAACAAAAUGAUGUCCAAACCAUGUGUAGAUUUGGACCAAAGGGUCGAUGAACCUGGCAAGUGACCUUUGUCUUGCUCAAGGACUCAAGAUACUCCCUACGUACAUGCUUAUCUGGGUCCAGCAAACUAAGCUAAGUAGCCUGAUUUACUGAAAAAUGGCUCUUACCAACAGCAUCAUCUUAGGCUGCUGGUGUGAACUGUUUAAAUGUCUCAUCUGCAUUUGUUUUUGAUAUUAACUCUUGAUGUGCUGAUCAGUCAUGCCUCAACAUUUUUAUUCUCAGGUUGUCAAGUAUGAAUUCCAGGCAGAUUUGGACAUGGUGUUAACUACAUGCAGUGUCAAUAGGAAGCUGUAAGAGGAGCCGCACACUGAGAAAAGACGCCCAUGUGACGUUUCAACUUGUGCAAAGUUGAAGUUGUUUCACUUCAUGAAUGAACAGAGUCAAAAAGGCUGCAAGUUUGCCAACAUGCACAGGUGUUAUAGGGAGAUGUUAGCCUGGUGCUUUACUGUUUUAUACUUGUAGGGAAUUGGGUAUAAAGUUAAUAUGUCACUGCUUUCUCCUUUCAAACUCAGAUAGAUCUCAGACCGGUGGUUUCCCAUAAUUCCCUAUUCUGCACAAAUUCAUACUUUCCAUAUCUGCAAGGAAAAGGGAGUCAGUUAACCCCAAAUCUGUUUAUGCAGACACACAAUGUUGUCUAACAGAAUCACACAUCCAUAUCAUUCUAGAUCAUAUCCAGGACUUUGUUUAUCUUUACAGAACUUCACAGAUCAGAGUGUGAACUGGACACAGACUGUUCCAGGUUUAAUCCAAACACAAACUUAGCCUUAACACUAAACUUUUCAGCCCUUGAGGAUAUCAGUUCAUACAAUUGCCAUUUGCCAAUCACUGAACCAGUCAGUGGGCAUUGGUAAUAAAAUGGGACUGUCCUGAUGUCAAGAAAAGGUAUAAAGCAGGUAGACAAAUGAAGAUGAUGAAUAGUGUGUGUAAUGUGAAUGUCAGGGAACCUUCAGUGAGGGAGUAAAUGUUAACUUUAGGUUGAGAUUUUUCUUUUAAAUCUCACUUGAUGAACAUUCUUAAAGAACAGGCCAGUGGAGCAGAUGUCACAGUAAAGCUGAGUAAUAACAUAAAUACAUUUAAAAAUAACAAGAAGACAAUGAGAGGUUAAUAUUUCUAUCACUUGAAAACUGUUGUUGCUUAAAUAAGAAUGAUGGUUAAUUCAACUUUGUCGUAUUUCAUUCUUGGAGGUUAUAUGGAUGUAGGAAAUUUGAGAUACCUCUGUUUCAUGUUGACUGCAUUGUUGUACAUUUCAAUUGCUUUUGUCAACAUCUUACUCAUUGUUAUCAUCUGUCUGAACAGAAGCUUACAUGAACCCAUGUACCUGCUUCUGUGCAGCCUGUUUGUAAAUGAACUGUAUGGUAGCACAGGGUUGUUUCCAUUCCUGCUGGUUCAGAUCCUCUCUGACAUUCACACUGUUUCUGUGCCUUUUUGUUUCCUGCAGAUUUUCUCCUUAUACACAUAUGCAAAUAUAGAGUUAUGCAAUUUAGCCGUCAUGUCUUAUGACAGAUACCUCGCUAUCUGUUAUCCUCUACAAUAUAACACAUGUAUGACAUUUAACAAGGUGUUUCUCUUUAUUAUUUUUGUAUGGUUGUACUCUUUUGUGAAAUUCUUAAUCACUUUAUCCUUAAACAUCCGGUUGACACUGUGUGGAAACACCAUCAACAGUUUGUAUUGUCAUAACUACCUUAUAGUGAAGUUGGCUUGUUCUGAUACUAAAGUGAACAACAUCUAUGGACUGUUUGGUGUUGUUCUCUCCAUCGUAGUUCCUCUGCUUCCAAUCCUUUUCUCUUACAUGAAGAUUCUUAAAGUGUGUUUUUCUGGUUCUAAACAGACGAGACAGAGAGCUGUCAGUACCUGCACACCUCACCUUGUGUCUCUGCUCAACUUUUCUUGUGGUGCUUUCUUUGAAAUAUUACAGACUAGAUUAGAUAUGACCGGUGUUCCUGAAGUGCUAAGAGUCAUUCUGUCCUUAUAUGUUUCAGUAUUACAACCGCUAUUGAAUCCUUUCAUGUAUGGACUGCAAAUGUCAAAAAUAAGAAACACAUGUAAACACCUCUUAAGUGGUAAACUGUUGACUGGUCACAGAGAUCUUAUGUAGGUACCACUUUUCUUGAAUCAUUUCAUAAAAAGCUGCAGAAUGACGUGUGCUGUGCUGAACUAACAUCCUAGUAAUUGAAUUUAAGCAAAGCACAGAGUUAACAUGAGUUCAGACAGUUUUGGAGGGAAAUGACUCUGUAUCAAGUACACUGUUUUCUGAGUAUAUAGUUGUGUCUUUAUACAUAUGAGCCUAAAAACAGUUUUAUGGAGAAAAGGUCAAACACCUUAACAAAGGUCUUACAAUCCAUAAAGUCCUGAUGACAGGCGGGUAUGAUAUUUUGGAUGACUGACAUUAAUCAGGUAAGACUGUAAAUAAAGUGAAUACAAGUAACUGACAGGGUGUGAGGUUUCUGUUCGAUUCUUGGUCAAAGGAGCAAAAUCAGGCAUGAUGAGCGAAAUAAGUUACUGAACUGGUCAAA